GGGCUGUUCCCGCCAAUUCUUGCGGUCAGUCAUCCUUGGGUCGAGUUCCGCCUCCAUGGAGAUGUUUGACCCCGCCGAGCUGCCCGAGCUGCUUAAACUUUAUUACCGGAGGCUCUUUCCCUACGCCCAGUACUAUCGCUGGCUCAACUAUGGCGGAGUGAUAAAGAAUUACUUUCAACACCGCGAGUUUUCAUUCACUUUGAAAGAUGAUAUAUACGUUCGCUACCAAUCCUUCGAUAACCAGAGUGAUCUAGAAAAGGAGAUGCAGAAAAUGAAUCCAUACAAGAUUGAUAUAGGCGCGGUGUAUUCCCACAGACCCAAUCAACACAAUACAGUGAAGCUGGGAGCUUUCCAGGCUCAGGAAAAAGAACUGGUGUUUGACAUUGACAUGACAGACUAUGACGAUGUGAGGAGAUGUUGUAGUUCUGCAGAUAUAUGUUCUAAGUGUUGGACCCUCAUGAUAAUGGCCAUACACAUCAUCGACCGAGCAUUGAAGGAGGACUUUGGAUUUAAGCAUCGUCUCUGGGUAUAUUCUGGAAGGAGAGGUGUUCAUUGUUGGGUCUGUGAUGAAUCAGUUAGAAAACUGUCCUCUGCAGUACGUUCUGGGAUAGUUGAGUAUUUAAGUCUUGUAAAGGGCGGUCAAGAUGUUAAGAAAAAAGUUCACCUAAGUGAAAAAAUUCACCCUUUUGUCAGAAGAUCUAUAAACAUAAUAAAAAAAUACUUUGAAAAGUAUGCCUUGGUUGACCAAGAUAUUCUUGAAAAUAAAGAAAGCUGGGAUAAAAUUUUAGCCCUUGUUCCUGAAACAAUUCAUGACGUACUUGAACAAGACUUCCAAAAGUCACACAGUUCACUUCAACGUUGGGAGCAUUUGAAGAAUGUAGUUGGCACGUGUCAGAAUAACAUCAAAAAUGACAAAUGUGGACCUUGGAUAGAGUGGGAGAUUAUGCUCCAAUACUGUUUUCCACGGCUGGAUAUCAAUGUCAGCAAAGGAAUCAAUCAUUUACUGAAGAGCCCAUUUAGUGUUCAUCCUAAAACAGGUCGCAUUUCUGUGCCUAUUGAUUUACAGAAAGUGGAUCAGUUUGACCCAUUUACUGUUCCAACCAUAAGCUCCAUCUGCCAUGAAUUGGAUGCCAUUUCUACUAAUGAAGAGGGAAAAGAGGAGAAUGAAGCUGAAUCUGAUAUCAAACACAAAACCAGAGAUUAUAAGAAGACUGGUCUAGCACCUUAUGUGAAAGUUUUUGAACAGUUUCUUGAAAACCUGGAUAGAUCCCAAAAAGGAAAACUUCUCAAGAAGAGUGAUUUACAAAAAGAUUUCUGAACAUAACAACUCCUCUCAAACUAAUGUGGAUAUCUUGUGUCUUCAAUCAAGUAUCAAAUACCUCAAGAGCCAUCUAAUAAAUAUGACAGGACCAUG